GCACCGGCACCGGCACCGGCACCGGCACCGGCACCAGCACUGCCUGCCCAGCCUCGAGGAGAAGCAGGAGGAGGAGUAGAUGGCACCCCGCAAGUCUACCACGUCUGGCGCAGUCGCGACAACCGCAAGGGCCGCCACUCGGCCGUCAUCCCGCGGCCGCCGAAGGAGACCAAGCCGAUGGCUAGUAGUUUCCCACGCGCAACCGACACGCUGGCCGAGACGCUGCGCGGCGUCCUCAAGAUGGCUACUCGCUUCCCCGUGUGGGAUGUCAGCUACGAUGUCGCCGUGGUGUUUACGCUUGGCUCCGUCGUGUGGUGCAUCAACGGGUUCAUGGUCUGGCUCCCCCUGGUCGCUCCCUGGACCGAGUUCCCCGACGAGGUGUCGCUCGGUGGCGGCGUGACGGCCUUUGUCGGUGCCACCAUCUUCGAGUUUGGCUCCGUCCUGAUGAUGCUCGAGGCCGUGAAUGAGAACCGCGAGGACUGCUUCGGCUGGGCGCUCGAAGAAGCGCUCGAGGACCACGGCCCGCGACUACGCACAACAUACAGAAAAGAGUGCCGCCACCACCACCAGAACAAGCGGUCCCUGCUGAGAAGCAGCGCAGUCGCCACAGCAGCAGCAGUCGGAAACGUAGUGAAGGGCAAGGACUCACCCGACAGUAGCAGCAGCAGCAGCAAACCCACCAGCCAGCGCCGCUGGUCGUGGUGGCCGACGUGGCACGAACUGACGACACACUACUUGCGAGAAGUCGGCUUCCUCGCCUGCCUCGCGCAGAUGGUCGGCGCCACCGUGUUCUGGAUCGCCGGGUUCACGGGCCUGCCGCCCGUGUUCGACGCCCUCGACGUGCCCGUCGCCAACGGCGUCUACUGGCUGCCGCAGGUCGUCGGCGGGUCGGGCUUCAUCGUGUCGAGCGCCCUACUCAUGCUCGAGGUCCAGGACAAGUGGUACAAGCCAGCGCCCAAGAUCCUGGGCUGGCACAUCGGGCUGUGGAACCUCGUGGGCGCCGUAGGCUUCACGCUGUGCGGCGCGCUCGGGUUCGCUGUCGAGAGCGGCCCGCCAGCCGUCGAGUAUGCCUCGACGCUGGCGACGUUUGUCGGCUCGUGGGCUUUCCUGAUUGGCUCCGUCGUCCAGUGGUUCGAGUCUCUUGACAAGUACACCAUCUCGGUUGGCCGCGUGCCUGUCUUGCUUCUCGCUGGAGACGAAAAGGCUUGAGGAAGGAUGGGAUUCCUCGCGGAUCCCUCGCCUAUGCAUGGCAGUUCUUCGGCGUCGACUGCAGCAGCCAGCAGGCAGAACGGGGAAAUCCCGUUGCUCUUGUCGGCGAGAACGCCAUUGACACUUACACGUCGAAACCUUUGUCGUGAAGUUCGUUUAUGGGAAUAGACUAUGCCUGUCUGUGUUGUGAUUUUUAGCACUGCAGAAAUGCGCUCUCUCUUCAAGGGCGUUAGACAAACAUCCGAAUACGCUCUAUAGCCAGGACGAGCUUCCGAGCCCAUCCGACGCCAUCCGCUUCAGAAACAACACCGCCGCGCUUCUGCUUACAUGGGCUUUUUACUAGCUUGAAAUACCAGUCUCCUUAUUAUCAGUAGGAA